GUAUUAUGGUCUGUCGGGAAUUCAGAGUGGCUGGGACUGGAGAAAAAUAUCUGCUCGGCUAACGUUAGCGUGCACCGAGCUAACGGGAGGUCGAACAGGAGUAAACAUGGAGCUGUCUGCUGUUGGGGAGAGGGUGUUCGCCGCCGAGUCUAUCAUCAAACGACGGAUAAGGAAGGGUCGGAUUGAAUACCUUGUGAAAUGGAAGGGCUGGUCUCCCAAAUACAGCACAUGGGAACCGGAGGAGAAUAUUCUGGACUCCCGCCUGUUCGCAGCUUUCGAGCAGAGAGAGCGUGAAAGGGAGCUCUAUGGGCCCAAAAAGAGAGGACCGAAACCGAAGACAUUUCUGCUGAAGGCCCAGGCCAAAGUUAAAGCUAAGUCCUAUGAGUUCAGGAGUGACACAAUGAGAGGGAUGCACAUCACCUACCCAACCCCAGAGCCGGUUGUCACCCCAAGAGCCAGAGAAGGUCUAAGGGCCGUUGUUCCCACCAUCUUUCCACCCAGCACUGUCAACCGUGGGGAAAGUGUUCGUAUCCGACCGCCUGAGCUCAGCAUCCGUGAGCACCAUCAGUCUUUCCUGCAGCAAACCAACUCGGACGGACUCAUCCAUUUGCCUAAAAAGAGAGGCCCGAAGCCUAAGCCUCGUUUCAUGGACAGCAGCUGCAUCCCCGAGGGUCCUGAGCCUCACAAGAGGAAAGCAGAGGAGCCGGUGAGCCUGCACAAACUGCCAAAAUACCAGGGGGGUGAGGAAACAAGGCUGGUCAGAGUGGCCCACAGACAUCCAGAGAACCACAGUCAUAAACACCUUCAUCAUCAUCACCACCACCAUCAUCACAUGCACAACCGAGGAGGCCCAGGUGGAGGUUCUCACAGGCAGUUUUACUCAGACCGCAGCCUGCAUCCACACAGAACAGAUAUAGACACUCACAGAACUAAGGACAGCUCCAACUACCUGGCUCCUGCACACUUCAAGCACCAGUCAAAAUUGAGCCAGAACCUGGGUCACCCCACAGAUCUUCUCCCACAAAUGGAGAAGCCUUACUUCUUGGACAGGCCUUCUCCCACCAGAAUUGACGACGAUAUGGAUGAGGUGACAUGGAGACCCUCUCUUGGCAACGUGGAAAAGAUUUUGGUUACAGAUGUGACCACCAACUUCCUGACUGUCACUAUCAAGGAAAGCAGCACUUCUAAAGGGUUCUUCAAAGACAAAAGAUGAUGCUUUACUGUAUUUCUUAUGCUGCGCUUUGCUUUCUCUGAUUUGCAUCAGAAUCACUCAGAGUUAAUACAUAGUGUGAUUACUUAGCAAAGCUGUUUUGUAUCUUAUGUAUAAAAGCAAAUUAUGGUAUGUGUAUAUAUUAUAAAGGUGGAAAUCUGUUUAAUGUAUUGACCAAAUCAAAUGAAGUUCAUUUUGCAUUGGCUGAACAUGAAUGAGUUGCAUGUUACCUUUGCAGCAGCUGGCUACUUUGUGUACAGAGCUUGUGAAUUUUACUAUUUUUCAACUCUAACUAACUAGAAUGUAUUUUUGUCACGCGUUUAUCUUAUAGCCUGAGCUCAUGCUAAAACAAAGUGAAAACUGAGGCUUGGUUCAGGUAUUAAUUUCAGUCUGUGGAUUGAAGAUUUUAUCUAUAAAUUGAACCUAUUAGACUGAAAGGACCCUGUUCAAUUCUGUAGGGAUUAUUUAAUAAUUGACUAAAGCACUUUGAAUUUAAAAGUAUUAUUGAAAAGUAAUCCCUUUGGGUUGUGUUCAAAACUGAGUUUGACUCAGAGUUUGUAAUGUCUUUGACAUUUCAUAUUAUGUAUGAUAAAUUAAUAAAUUAAACAUGGAUACUCAAAACAUUCACCACUAACAAAGUAUAUUUUGCAUUUUCAUAGAAAACGUUCAUGAAGCUGCACUGUAAUAAAACGAGUUGAUGUCAAAUAGCUUUCUAGACGCUUUUGAAAUAAAUCUUUUGAAUAUGA